UGUAUGUCAUUUCCUUCAUAGAUCCCAAGCCUUUAUUAAUCAACCCCUGACCUCUUCUUAGGCCCAUCAACCAAACCAACCGAGCAACCAACGAACAACCACACUCUUCUUCUUCUUCUUCAACGUCCUUUCCCUCAAACCAUCCAAUUGAGAAGCAGCCAUGGCUCCAGCGAGCAGAGCUUCUUGGAUUGUGGCGGCCAGCAUUAGCGCUGUGGAAACACUGAAAGAUCAAGCCGGUCUUUGCAGAUGGAACUAUGCUAUGAGGUCUCUGCACCAAAAGGCAACAAAAGAAAUGGGUUCUUUUUCACAGACAAGAAAAACACCUUCUUCUUCUUCUUCUUUGAUGGUUGGAAGCAGAGGCUUGGUUAGCAAAGCAGAACAAACUAAGAGAGCAGAGGAUUCCUUCAGAAAAGUCAUGUACUUGAGCUGCUGGGGUCCAAAUUAGGCAGUCGAUUACGAGCGACAAUAGAAAAUCCAAUAGUAGGAUUUCAUUAGAUCUAGGAUUUCGUGUAUUUUUUUAAUUUUACUGUAUUUAUCAUGUUUAAAUAAAAAAUAUUAAUCUCGUCUAAGAAAAAUUACCUUUGCAAG